AUGGCUUUCCGGUCUCCUCUUCGCAAAUUUGACUUCUUUCAAAAGACCGUAGAAGACGCUCGUAUCAAAACUGCUAGUGGUGGUCUUAUUACGCUAAUCUCGUCAGGCAUUGUCCUUUUUGUAAUCCUUUUAGAAUGGAUUCAGUAUCGUAAAGUGGUCGUUGUUCCAGAAAUUGUCGUAAAUCCGUCUCAUGGUGAACGCAUGGAAAUCAACUUUAACAUCACCGUUCCAAAGAUUCCUUGCCAACUUUUAAGCGUGGACGUUUUGGAUAUUAGCGGCGAAUUUCAGCAAGAUGUCCAACACUCUGUUUCUAAAACCAGGUUGUCCCCUGAUGGAGAAGUUAUUUCCGUUGACAACCUACUGCUGAACAAUCAGGAGAACGACGACGAUCCUUUGAAUACUACACCAGAAGAAGAAACAUGCGGUGAUUGUUAUGGAGCUGUUAAAUAUGCUCCUCCUGAAACUCCGGGUUGCUGCAAUACAUGCAAUGCGGUACGUGAAGCAUACGGUAAAGCUAAUUGGGGUAUUGGCGACGUGGAUGCAUUUAAACAAUGCAGAGAAGAACAUUUCAAAGAAAAUUACGAAUCUCAAAAAGUAGAGGGCUGCAAUCUGGCAGGCCAAUUAUUCGUGAACCGCAUGGCCGGUAACUUUCACAUUGCUCCUGGUCGUUCGUUUCAAAGAGGUAUGCAGCAUCUACACGAUACACAGGACUUUGUAAAAGAAAAGGACAUGCAUGAUAUGAGCCAUACAAUUCAUGAAUUAAGCUUUGGUCCUCCUCUUGAUCCUUCUAUUACUACAAAAAAUCCUUUAGACAAUAUGGUAAAAAAAAUAAAUAGUCCCGACUACAGAUACGAGUACUUUAUUAAAUGUGUGUCUCAUCAGUUUGUCUUUUUAAAAUCCGAUAUGGAAACAAUUGAUACAAAUCGUUAUGCCGUGACACAACAUGAACGACCAAUCCAAGGUGGCCCCGAAGAGAAACUUCCCUCUCACAUUAAUUUCAAAGGUGGCAUUCCCGGCAUCUGGUUCCACAUCGAUAUUGGUCCGAUGCGUGUAAUCCAUCGUCAAAUCCAAGGAAAUACUCUUGGUGGUUUUUUGACAAAUGUUCUCUCUCUUUUAGGUGGAUGUGUUACUUUAGCAGCCUUUAUUGACCGUGGUCUGUAUGAAGCCAAAAAGCUCAAAAAGACAUAA